UUAUUAACCACUAAUUUAUUACAUUCGUGAAUCGUGCAAUAAGUAUAUGAGGUAUACAUUUAUAAAGCCAUAUAGGUAUGUUCCAUCGUCACCAAAAGUAACUGGGACAGCAUCACAUUCGCUCUUGUCCUAUUAUAUGAAUUUUAUUGUCAAAUAUUUGUCAAACUAUAAUUUAAAUGCAUUGAAAUGAAUGACAGUAGAAUUAGUCCAGGAGAUUUUUAUGCAUUAUUUGUGUCCCAGAUACUUUUGGUGACGAUGGUACAUACAUACAUAAUAUUAUAUGACAUGUGACAUAUCUCCCACAAAAAUAAAAUGAAUUUCUAUAUGAUAUUUAGGCAGAAAAAAUCUAAUUACAAAAAUCAAUAAACCCCUGAAUUUAAUCAAAACCCAAUCUUUUUGGAACACUAACUUAUCUCCCUCUUUUUGUAAUAUAACUAUUUCCAGUCCCAUGGGUAACUUCACAAUUCUGACAAUCUCUCUUGAGACUGGGUUUAACACUUCUAGGCUGGCAUCACAGUUUUCUGCUCUGACUGUAUCUUCCUCUUGAUUACGAUGUACCAAAAACCUGGGGUUCAUAGAAAAGCAUGACUCAGAAACCCUUUUAGAGUGAAAUUUUUAAAAUCUGAUCUUGAGAAAUUUGUUUGGCUACCUACUUCUCGAUUUUAAAUAGAAACUAUUAACUUUUGAACAUUAAUUAAAAUUUAAAUAUUUGAAGUAACAAUUUUGUGGCCUAAUGUCAAAAUUGAUAAUCCAGUAUUCAGUAAUAAUAAAAAGCAAUAACCUAGCAGAUAUGCGCUAGGGGAAAUAAUUUUUGGGGGCAAAUAAAUGGGUCAAUUAUAGGGACCAAUAGGUCCACUUUAGAAACAAAUAGUGACAAUUAUUGGGAAAAUAGAACCAAUGGAGUGCCAAUUAUGACAAUUCUCGGGUAAUAGUGUCUAAUAGGCUGUACACAUUUUUGAGUGGCGAUCUACCCCUCGAUCUUCCUGUGGAACCUCUUAAAACACGUGACUGCCACCCUCUGGAACCACCUAGAACAGCACCUGACGCACCACCGCUACUUCUUGAACAACCAUCAUGCCUCCUAUCUAUGACAAUAACAGCUAACGAUGAGUUAUUUAUUUCUCUCUGGGUUUGAACACUUGUUUCCAUUGACCUGCUUAUGUCUAUAGCCUUAUUGAGUUCAAGAUCUGGAUACUGCAGAAGUUUUUCCUGGAUCCUCAAAUCUUUAACUCCCAGAACAAGACGGUCUCGAAUUAAAACGUCAUUUUCUUUGAAAUCACAGGAUGAAGCUAACUGCCUAAGUGCCGUGACAAACUGGUCAAUUGUUUCUUCUGAACGUUGUUCCCGUUUGAAAAAUUUGAAGUGCUGGUAUACCAAUUUUUUUCUAGGGCUGCAAAAUUUUUCAAACUUGUCCAAAAUAGGGACAAAUUUUUCCUUAUUUUCACCACUUGUCUCAUCAUAUUCGAAUGUAUUGUAAAUGGCUAAUGCCUCAUCGCCUAGUAAAUUGAGCAAAACUGCAAUUUUCACAUUAUCCUUUUUAUCGUUUUUUCCGGAGGCUAAUAGGUAAAAUUCGAAUUUUUGUUUCCACAAUUUCCAUUUAUUUGCUAGAUCAGUAUCAUAAAAAGAAAAUUGCUCUGGUGCUCGGCUCUGAUCAGCCAUAUUUGAAAAUGUUAAACAAACACUUUUUCAAAUGUCCUGAAUCCACUAAGAAGUUAUGCACUAGCUUUAAAAUUUAGCUAAUAUCAUGCUAAAAACUGGCACCGCGGUACUUGUUAUCACUAUUGAUAAACUGGUUAUUUUUUUAUUUGGCGAUAUCUGCAAACAACCUUGACUAGGUAGGUAUGUAGGUAGGUACUCGAAAAUCUAUAGUGGCACUUUUACCACUGUCACCAUGUAAUAUUCCGUAAUACUUUGGUGGAGUAUGGAAAGGCGAUAUAGAUAAUACACACACACUAUACAGAUUAAAUACGUAGUUUAAUAACCAGUAAGCACUAAUUAAUUACAUUCGUAAAUCGUGAUGAAACCGCAUAUAUUUACGUUAUGACCGAUACCAACGCCAAUACGAUUAGAAUUAAACUGCGGUGUGGCCAAGUAUCAAUACUCAAAAGUCAAAAGUACUUACAAUAAGUACCUAUACAUUUAUGAAGCCAUAUAGGUACAUACACAAAAUAAUGACCAUGCUUACUAUAACGAGUACUAUGGAAGGGCACAUAAAACAACUCAGAAACUACCAUCCGCCUUUCUCUUGCUCUCAAUGAAAUGAGAACCAAAAGAUCUGGGCAGUCAAUUUGAAGAGUUUGUAAAGGAAACAAAGAUAUGCCUGGGCCCGUAUUCUCGUAACCAGGAAACAGCGAUUGCUCCUAGUCGCUCAUAUUAUUUCCUUAAUACUGACAAAGACAGAACAAUGGUUCUCUUGAUUAUUAUUACAUUAUUAAUUCCAGAUAGAGGCUUAGAGGCUAUUACCAAAGGUGAUAAGGAACUAGAACACAAAUUGAAAGUAAUUAUUCUUGAGACUGAAGUGUUACGACAAGAUGGUAAAUCUGUGCCAUCAAAUGAAUACAUGACAGCAGAAAUAUGGGAAAAUAUGCUGAAAUUGCCUUCAAGAAGUGGGAGGACUAAAUAUUUGGAUUUUCUUUUUAGAACAUCAAAGAAAAAACAUAAUAAGUUGGUAAAGAAGCUUGAAAAACGCAAAACAUAUGAAGAACAGUUGGCCAACAAAAAAUUGUCACCAAAAAGUUUACCAAUAGAAGAACAUGCUCUGAAAUAUGGUCUUUCAUUCAAUAAUAUUUUUAUAAGAUUUAAUGAUUCCACUAUGAAUAAUUUCUAUAACAGUAGGCUAAUUCAGGCAAUACAGUUUGGUCAAAAAUUGGCAAUUGAUUGUGGAUAUGACCAGAACAUGACGAAAAGGGAAAAUCAGUACACUGCCAAACAGCUUAAUCUAUUGUUUGCUGAAAAUCGUUGCAAUCAUGAUCCAUUUGAUAUUCAUUAUGUUAAUCUUAACAAGGAAAGUGAGCUCACAAAGAUGUUCUAUAAACAUGUUCCUACAAUGUUUGAUAAGGAGUUUCCUAUGAACUCACAUGAAAAAAGUUAUUUGGAUCUAUUUCCUAAACAGAAGUUGGUGUAUCUAACUCCUCAUUGUCGAGAAGAAAUGGGGAGCUUUGAUCAUGAUGCAAUUUAUAUAGUUGGAGCCAUUGUCGAUAAGGUAAAUCAUGAACCACUUUCAUUAGCAAAAGCCAAACGAGAAGGUAUCACUAUGAGAAAAUUUCCGUUAGAUAGAUAUCUGCAAUGGGGCUCUGGUUCUGGAAAAAGUCUCACAAUCAAUCAAUGCGUAGCAAUCCUACUGGACCUUAAAGAUACUGGCAAUUGGAAUUAUGCUUUAAGACAUGUACCUAGAAGAAAAUUAUCUGACACCACCACAGUUUCUAAUAAUUUUAAGCAUUCUUACAAUACUCCUGAGUCAUUUUCUUCUAGAAAAAAGGCUUAUGAAGCUUAGGCAGCCUAAGCGCGAUGGAAAAUGGGUAAAGAUGAUAUUGUGGAAAGUUGUGCUAGUGAAAAAUACUUCAAAGAAAACAAAAUAUCCAAUUCAGUUUCAAUAUCUCUUUUAUAUUAACUUCUUGUAGUUUAAAAUCUUUUUCAAUUCAUAUAAAAUUUCUGUUUCUUUUCAUCUUAUGCAAAAAUAUACAAGUUAAAAAAUAUCACAAUUAAAAAUCUUAAAACGAUCGAGCAUAGGUUUUAAAAUUUGAAAUAACACUCAAAAAAUUGUAAUGGAACAAAAACUUACAGCUGACACUUUUUUCUUGAGCGUUAUUUUUAUUAACAAAUUGGUAUUCAGCUAUACCUUAUAUUUUUUUAUCAGUCUAUAUGUAAUAACAAAAAGACCAGAAAACAUACAUAUCACAUUUCAGUAACAAAACAAUGAAUUUUUAGAAUUGUUUUUUUUUUUUUUUGGUUUGAAUUUUGUUAACAUUAAAAAAAACAUAGAUGAGUAUAAUAGCCAUUUUUGGGUAUGAACCUUCGGUAUUCUAAAAAUUGAUAGAUGGAUCUAUCAUAAAAUGCCCUCCAGUGAGUGGAUUUACAAAUCAAAACUAACUCAUAGCAGUUAGACUUGUUGCAUGUUUUUUUUUUUCAAUCACUGGUAUUCCCAUUCUUUAUUUUAUUUCACUCUAGAUGCCCAAGAAGCAGACACUGCACAAUGUUUGCUUCUUGAGCAAUAUUCCAGAAAUUUGACAAUUUUUGAAAUAAAACUUUUUUACGCACGUGGUAAGUUCGUUUCAUGCGAAUAGCUAUGUAACACAACGGCAUCCCCUCUACUGCCCCAUAAUCGAGUUAGUAGUGGGUAUCGCUUCUAUACAAUGUUGGUUACAGGCAGCUCAGGCAUGUAAUUCUAUGUGUUUGUGUGCCUGAAGUCAAAACGACGCCACUAACUGAACUCGACUCCUUAGUUAGCCCAUAGCAGCCACAUUGUAUACAGCAUGAAAAAAUUAUACCAUUAACCAAUUCCUUUACCCCCUUUCCUGGAAUGCUUGUGUUUGAAGAAGUUUCACUUCAGUAGUGUGUUGUAUGAUCACAUUUUUUUUUUUUUGCCAGAAAGAAAUGUUGGAUGAAAAUAUCGAUGGCACCGAUUUCAUCCUGCCAAAUGAUGUUGUUUUCCUAAGCUAUUAGAAUCUUGCCAAACAAUUUUUAGUUGAAAAAAUCAGAUUAAUAAAAUUAUCUAACAAAAAUUUGUCAAGUUAGACCCAAUAGUUUGUAGAUACAUGGGUAUUUGCCAAUUAAAUACACACAAGUAAUUGUUGCAUUCAACAUAAAAACAUUACAAUUAUCCUGGUAAGGAAUGGAAAAUUGAGCUUAAAUAUUUUGUUAAGACACACUUUGAUGAUCAAAGUAUCCCUUGACAAAAUUGUUUUUUGAUCAUUCACCUAAAGAUGGCCAUUGAAGAGGUCUUUCCAAAUUUCAGAAUAUUCCAUUAGUAAGUAUAUGAAUGGUAGACAUUCCAUAGUGCAAUGGUACCAUCAGCCCCUCCUAAAUAAAUUCAAUUAGGAACAAAAAAAACAAUUUAUAUAUUCUUACCUGUAGCAAAAAUUUUUGAGUCCCAAUAACGUACAAUAUUUGGUGAAAAUUGUAGGUCAGAUAUUUGCUUCUUGUGUUCUUUUAAAACGACUAGGGUUCUCAAAGUCCUCCAUGAGUAGAUUCUAUAAUUAAUUUAGAAUUGUUAUGAAAAAAAAACAUAGUCAUUAUAAAUCGAUAAUAAAGUAUGUACCACGACAAAAGCAAUGAAAUUUUACUUUUAAUACCUGGAGUGCAUAAAAUACUUUUGUUGCUAUGAAUCGGGGAAAUAUGCUACUGUCUCCACUCAAGAUUUUGGUUGUGAAGAAGCGAAAAAUUUUGCGUUAUCAGGGCCAUUGUUAGGAGGAGGAUUUGUGAAAGUGCAUUACUGUAGGAUAUCCAGGGUCUUUUUAGCAGGCAACUCUCUCAAGCUCGCUCCAGUCAAAUGGAGAAGAUCCGGAGACAUUGUGUCUGCUCUCAGCAUUAACAGCUCAAAAACUAGGUUAGGACCUUUACCAGGGUCAUUUCUAAAAUGCUAUGGAGUGAUUCAACCUCAACUCCGAUUACUCAGACUGUUUUUAGCUUAAAACAUGCAGUAUAUCGGAAAUGUUUACCUCACUGCUAAUCUAAUAAGAAUGUUCAUACAUAUUACUUCUCACCUUAAACCUCCAUCCCAUCCUCCUGCCAUGAGAAGCCUAUGAUCAGGUCUAAACUUAACCAUCUGACACCCUUCGUUUGGUAGAACCAAUUCAGCUUGUAAAACAAUUUCCAAACAUUCCGGAUCAAUUUUGAAUACUUGAAGAGCAUUGGAAGAGUUAGCAACAACACCUCUAUAACUAUGAGGGUCGAAUGUGACUGAGGUAGUAAAUUCUUUAAAUCUCAAUUGGCUGCAUUGCUGAGCAGUUGAGUAGUCAUACAGUAUAAGAUGGCCAUUUUCGUACCCGACAAGUAAAUAAGUCGUCCCUCCUAUUUUGAAAGCUUCAAGGCACAUGGCAGUUCCGAGCUUUUCAUUGUCGUCAGGUACAAAUUUUCUUAUACUUUCAAAUGUGUCUAUAUCAAUGAUAUCAACGGUGGCCUUUUCUUGAGAUAAAAUCAGUUGUUUUUCAAGUAAGACACUUUUGCAGAAGCCGCCAUAAGCCUGAUAGCUUCGUU